AAGCAGAUUUUCAUCUGUAGAGUGGGGAGAACGCAACCUGUUUUAUGAUUUUCGGAACGUUCUCUCCUGACGUAAUUGAGGGAAGGGAGGCUGGACUUUGCAAAUGGUGGACGUCCUGUCACCGUCGUUUCGUUAACAUCAGAUCAAAAUGCACAGGGCAAGGACAGUAUUGAGUUCAUUGGCUCCUCUAGCCCCGCGCGUCUGCGGGGCUAAGAGGUUUGCCUCCUGGCUGGUGAGAAGUGAUCCUUUGGCCAGAACCAGCCAGGUGGUCGUAGCUGCACCUGCACGUCGCUACAACAGUACUGCAGCCACUGAACCUUUUCUAAAUGGCAGCUCCAGCUCGUACGUCGAAGAAAUGUACAACGCAUGGCUACAAGACCCCCACAGCGUACACGUGUCGUGGGACUCAUUCUUCCGCAACAGUACGGCCGGAGCUGCUCCUGGCCUUGCGUAUCAAGCACCCCCAUCUCUUGCACCAAGUUAUAACCAAGUUCCACUGGGUUCUCUGAUGCCCUACCCCGGGUCGCCAUCUCUCACCCAAAGCCCCAUCAGUGAGAAAGUCAUCGACGACCACCUUGCUGUCCAAGCAAUUAUCAGAUCGUACCAGAUUCGUGGGCAUCAUAUCGCAAAAUUGGACCCGCUUGGCAUCAGCAGCGCGGACCUUGAUGAUAGGCAUCCGCAAGAGUUGCUCUAUAACCAUUACUCCUUCGGUAAGAGAUCUCGUACAACUUACUCGCAGGAACUUCAAUAUCGAGUAGCUGCCCUUAUGGAAAAGGAAGCAGAUAUGGAUCGCGUCUUCAAGUUACCGUCAACCACUUUUAUCGGUGGAAAAGAAAAGUCGCUGCCCUUGCGAGAAAUUCUGAAGCGCUUGGAAGCUGCCUAUUGUGGACACAUCGGAGUAGAAUUCAUGUUCAUCAAUUCGUUGGAGCAGUGCAAUUGGAUUAGACAGAAAAUGGAGACUCCUGGUAUCAUGGAAAUAACCAACGAUGAGAAGCGCCUGAUUCUAGCUAGAUUGACAAGAGCCACUGGAUUUGAGGCUUUCCUGGCCAAAAAAUGGUCUUCAGAAAAACGGUUUGGGUUGGAAGGAUGCGAAAUUUUGAUUCCAGCAAUGAAACAAGUUAUAGACAAGUCAACGGAGCUCGGUGUCGAGUCUAUAGUAAUGGGAAUGCCGCAUCGGGGUCGUCUCAAUGUUUUGGCUAACGUGUGCCGUAAACCAUUGAACCAAAUAUUCACUCAAUUUGCUGCCCUUGAAGCGGCUGAUGAUGGAUCUGGCGACGUCAAAUAUCACUUGGGCACGUACAUCGAGCGCCUGAAUCGUGUUACGAAUAAAAAUAUUCGUCUCGCCGUUGUUGCCAACCCAUCCCACUUGGAAGCUGUCGAUCCAAUCGUCCAAGGAAAGACUCGAGCUGAACAAUUUUAUCGUGGGGACGGUGAAGGGAAAAAGGUGAUGUCCAUCCUUCUGCAUGGAGAUGCCGCGUUCUGUGGUCAAGGCGUUGUUUUCGAAACGAUGCAUUUGUCCGAUUUACCGGACUACACAACCCAUGGAACUGUUCACAUCGUCGUAAACAAUCAAAUUGGAUUUACAACCGAUCCUCGCCACUCUAGAUCAUCUCCCUACUGUACAGAUGUCGCGAGAGUGGUCAACGCCCCCAUCUUCCACGUCAACUCUGAUGAUCCCGAGGCUGUGAUGCACGUUUGUAAAGUAGCAGCUGAAUGGAGAGCAACGUUCCACAAGGACGUCGUCAUUGAUUUGGUCUCCUACAGAAGGAAUGGCCACAAUGAAAUUGACGAGCCAAUGUUUACGCAACCUUUGAUGUACCGCAAAAUCCGAAAUACUCCCCCAGGUCUUACUUUAUACGCUGAUAGACUUAUAAGCGAAAAUGUUGUAACGCCUGAAGAAGUGAAGGAUGUUAAAGGAAAGUAUGAAAAGAUCUGCGAAGAUGCCUAUAACAACGCCAAACAAGAAACUCACAUCAAAUAUAAGGAUUGGUUGGAUUCGCCUUGGUCCGGCUUCUUCGAGGGCAAAGACCCCCUCAAAUCGUCUCCAACCGGAAUCAAGGAAGACACUCUUGUCCAUAUCGGCAAACGCAUGUCUUCUGCACCGCCGAACGCAGCCGAAUUUGUUAUUCACAAGGGUAUCGAGCGUAUACUCAAGGCCAGAAUGGAAAUGGUGGAGAGCCGGACGGUCGAUUGGGCGCUCGGAGAAGCGAUGGCGUUCGGUUCUCUACUGAAAGAAGGAAUCCACGUGAGACUUUCUGGUCAGGAUGUUGAGCGAGGCACCUUCUCGCACAGACACCACGUCCUACAUCAUCAGACCGUAGACAAAGCUACCUACAGGCCGCUUUGCUAUAUGUACCCCGACCAAGCUCCGUACACGGUCUGCAACAGUUCGCUUUCAGAGUUCGGUGUGCUCGGAUUUGAAUUGGGCUAUUCGAUGACUAAUCCCAAUGCAUUGGUCUGCUGGGAGGCUCAAUUCGGAGACUUCAACAACACCGCACAGUGCAUCAUCGAUCAGUUCAUCAGCAGCGGACAAGCCAAAUGGGUUCGACAAUCUGGCCUUGUCAUGCUCCAACCUCACGGGCUUGAAGGCAUGGGUCCGGAACAUUCGAGUGCCCGUUUGGAACGUUUCCUACAAAUGUCUGCCGAUGAUCCAGACUAUUUUCCACCAGAAAGUGAGGAGUUCGCGGUACGCCAAUUACACGACAUCAAUUGGAUUGUGGCCAACUGCAGUACACCUGCAAAUUAUUUCCACAUUUUGCGCCGUCAAAUUGCCCUUCCAUUCCGUAAGCCGUUGAUACUCAUGACGCCAAAGUCCCUGCUACGUCACCCAGAGGCAAGAUCGAGCUUCGACCUGAUGACGGAAGAUACUCAAUUCCUCAGAGUUAUUCCCGAAGAAGGUAUCGCUGCUCAGAAUCCCAACAGUGUGAAGAAGCUUCUAUUCUGUUCCGGCAAAGUAUACUACGACAUGACCAAGGCUAGGAAGGAGAGACAGCUCGAAAAUACGAUCGCUAUCGCCAGGGUUGAACAGAUUUCACCGUUCCCCUAUGAUCUGGUCAAAAGAGAGGCAGAAAAAUACCCUAACGCAGAACUGGUCUGGACACAGGAAGAGCACAAGAAUCAAGGCGCUUGGACAUACGUUCAGCCACGAUUCCACACUGCUCUCAACGGCGUUCGUGACGUGACUAACGGAGACGUGCGGAAUGAUAAAACAAGCGAAAGUAGCGGUAGUUGGUUUAGUGGCUGGUUGUCCUCGUCCAAACCAUCUCAAUCACCUGCCGCAACAGAACCGCGAACAACUGAAAGCAAUAAACCAAAACAGAGAAUAGUGAGAUAUGCCGGCAGGCCAACUGCUGCAUCUCCAGCCACCGGUAGUAAAAUGCAGCAUCUCAGAGAACUGAAGCAAUUGUUGGACGAUGCGUUUUCCCUCUAAGUACUCGUAUCGAUGUAGCAAAAAUUUUUAUUUAUUCGUCAUUACUAUAUUUAUAAUAACUAUUAUAAACUGAUCACUCCGCUCUGAAAAUAUCAUAAGAUCAGCCCUCUAUUAUUUCAACAUUUCCUCGUCACAGUGCCUAAUCAGCGCAAAUAGUUGUUGUAUAAAUGAUUUUUUUUCUCUCUCUCUUUUUUCUUCUUUUAAAAUUGAUACAAAAUCCAUAUUAAAAUCUCAACGAUUCGAAAAAUAUUUUCAUUGCAUUAAAAAGUUAAAGUCGAAUCAAAUAUGAAUGUACGAAUACAAAAUUUUGUCCGAUGCAUUAUGCUUAAACUCUUUUUCUUCUGUUUAUUCGGUGCUAAUAACAAAGGAAGAAAAGGAUCAUCGUUGAAGUAUUUCUAACGGUCACAUAAUGUAAAAUAAUUUUAUCUCGAACAAGCGUUGAAUAUUCUUUCCUAAUAUUAAUUCAUCGCUAGUUGUUACUACGUAACUAUGUAUGUAUUUUGUGUUAAUCUUAAAUUUUAUCACAAUGGAAAAUAUGAUGAGCCCUCUUCUCCUCUUCUGUUAAUAUGUUAAUAAUAGAAUUUCAUUGAAUGUAAAAAAUCGCUAUACAAACAAGUAUUAUUUUUAAUUUAUGCCUAUGCUCGUAAUUUACGAGUGAUCUGAUAUUUAUGAGCGCGUAACGCUUCUCACAGAGUAUAAAGAUAGUUUUAAAUGAAAAUUUAAAAAAAUAAAUAAAUAAAUAAAUAAAUAAAUAAACCGAUGAAAGAAAAUUAAUGAAAAUUUCAAAGCACCGUGAACCCAAGUACAAUCAAAUAUUGUACUUGUUGUUAGUGGUGACGAUCUUUUGAUUACUUUAUUCUUAUUUUUAUUUAUUAUUUUGUUUUAAUCGCUCUUCAAUAUAUCAAUACGAAGUCACAUGCCAAGGUGUUCAAAUUUUUAUCGUCGCUGUGUUUUAUAUAAAAUAUUUGGCGGUUGGCAUCGAGACAAUGAAUGUUACGUUGAUCGUAAAAACAAAAAAUUGAAUAAAAGAAAAUCAAUGAAAAUUCGUUCGGCAAAUACUUUCCGGACAUGCUAUGAUUUGAUAAAGUUAUCUGUAAAAUACUAACUAGUUAUAACAUGAAUAAUCGACUAGUUAUAACACGAAUAAUCGACUCAGAAGGGUGUUUAAAAUUGAACACUGCGUAGUUUGCAAAAGGUACAGUAUUUAUCUUCUACAUUGCCGUUUGAAAGAGCAAGAAUCAAGAAAAGAAAAACGAAACGAAAGAUAAAUAUGUAUGCUAUGCAGCCAUUCGUGACACUUAUGUAUGUAUGUACAGUAUCCAAUUAUUUUACUUUGAAUAGGUUUAAUUCUUAUACGAUUACAAAUAGAACGGUGACAUUUUAACAACUCCAACUAACUUGCCGACUUUCAUUUCUUACGAUAACUUUGGUUUUGGGUCUACGAAGAAAUGAAACCUCCCUAUUUAUUUUAUUGGUGAUAAAAAUAACACUACGAUAUGUGAAAAGAUACUUGCGCAGAGUGUUGAUUUUUUGUUGUUCGCAUAAUAACAUUAGAUUCAAACGCAUCGGUGCCGAGGAUUCUAAAUCACUGAUAGCCAGAAAUACAAUAUUACAUUGACAUUUUGUUUAUUGGGUUGAGUCAAUUAUCAAGCUAGAUAGUUAUAAUUUAUCUAACAAUAAGAGAAGACGCAUACGUACGAUCACACAAUGUAGAGUCUGUCAAGCAAUUAAAUCGUAUCGAACAACCGA